AUGCUGACAAAACUUGAAACAGCAAUGCAGCCACAAAUCUCUUCUCUGGGGGCAGACAUCCGCCACGUGGGUGCACGAGUGGACCUCGAGGAGGAAAGGGAGGACAUACAACAAAGGCUUAGUGCUGUGGAGACUAAACAAGAAGAUAUGGACUCUAAACUUACUUCAGCA